AUGCCACCACGCUACGAGAAGAAGUACGAUCGUCAAAUACGUGUCUUUGGUUUCACAACACAGGAAAAGUUGCAGAACAUGCGUGUUACGCUCUAUACAUCAACCAGUAACUACGUAUCUGCUGAAAUCGUCAAAAAUUUGGUGCUUCUCGGUGUAACCGAUCUGAAAAUUAAUAAAAGAGCCGAGGAAUGUGUGCUUAGGAUGAUACCCGGCGGUAUAAAAGACAUAAACGAAAAAUUAAGGCUUGAGGUAUUUGACGAUACCGCAGGUAUGGCUGAUCGUAGCAAUGCCAGCAGUUGUUUGGUGAACGAGCAGGAAGUGAACGUAACAAUACAGAUAGAUAAUUUUGUAGUAAAUGAAUUUGGCAGGUCCUUCUACGUGUGCUCGAAGUGCUGCAUGUUUGGCGAUACGUGUGACCAUCGCUGUGUUGAAAUUGAGCAGAGAAUUGAAAAUGAGUGUUUGUUGGGCGCUGUUUUGGUACAAGAAAUGGUUAAGAUGCUUUCUGGUGAGAACUACCAGAAAGAAUACCGGUUGGAUGUUUGA